AUGUUAGAAUUUAAUAGCAAAGCUUUGAUCUUGGGACGCAUAGUGGAGAGUCUAUUUCAGAGAGAGUUGAAACAGGGCAAUCGGUCGAAGAUAGAGGAGUUGCAAGGCCAAGUGGACAAACAUGUCGAGGAGAAGGCGGCCUGGGAAAAGGAAAGAGAGGAAUGGCUAGAGGAAAAGAAGAGAUUUGAUGUGAAUAAAGAUGUAGUUGACGGUCAGCUUAUAAGCGAGGUCAAAACUAGUCCUGAGGAGGAGGCGAGGAAGAUGGGGGUUGAUGGAGAUAUGAACGUUGGAGAAGCCGUGACCGUGGAAGGGCUCAAAACAGAACCCCUCUUCUUCCUCGCGCGCGCAGCUGCAUUUCUCCUCUGCAAAUUCCGGCGACCACGAGCCUCCUGCCACCACGCGAACGCGAGCCUCCUGCCACCACCACGCGAGCCUCCACGCGAGCCUCCACCAGCCACCGCAGUCUCGUCGCGCCUCCAGCCACCACCACGCGAGCCUCCACACGAGCCUCCACCAGCCACCGCCGCUGUCUCGUCGCGCCUCCAGCCACCACCACGCGAGCCUCCACGCGAGCCUCCACCAGCCACUGCCGCUGUGUCGUCGCGCCUCCAGCCACCACCACGCGAGACCACCACGCGAGCUCUUGCGCCGUCUCGUCUGGCGUCCGUCCACCACCACGCGAGACUACUGCCGCUGUCUCGUCCCUCUCUCUGUCUCUCUGCAAGUGUUCCGGCGUCCCUCUACCACCACGCGAACACUUUCGUUCUUUUGCCGCAAUUGUCGCGCCGCGAUUUUCUUUAA